CUACUUGUUUGCAGGGGUCGCAUAUGAAACCAACUACAAGUAACUUCCGCAGUUCCCAAACUUCCGGGUUCACCAAAGGUCAACAUUCCCAUCAUUCGUCAAAACCAAAAUGGCUGCGCCCAUGGACAUUUUUCGCGACAGUGUGAAAAGCGUGCUCGAUGGAUGGACGGUACUGCAGCUUGCAGUGCAGCAUGGGUUUGGAGGAGUGCACAGUGCAGCCAAGGCCGAGUGGAUGGUGGAUGCUGUCAGUCAGUGGUUCCAGGAGAAUGCUGACAUAGACCCAUGUGAGCUGGAAGAUUUCCUGGCAGAAGUUUUGAACAAUGAGUUUGACACAGUCGCAGAUGAUGGCAGUCUUGCUCAAGUGGCCCAGCAGAUCUGUGGUUCCUACAGGCUGUGUCGGCAAGGAAGACAUCAAGAGGUGCUGUCCCGGAUACAGCAGCUGCCCAAAGCACAGCUGUCCGGCUGUGUGGCAGCAACAGGGCCAGAAGAGGAUGAUGAUGAUGAUGAUGAUGGGGAGGAAGAUGAGAAGGAAGAAGAGAAGGAUGAAGACAUGGAGGUGACUCCAUCCAGUUCUAUAGAAAAUGGGCCACACCAAAAAACAGAAGCAGCCAACACUCCCAAUACCUCAGCACAAGAUAUGGAAUCACAAAGUCAAGAGGACAUUGACGAUGGCUGGACUGUGGUGACCAAGAAGAAAAAACGCUGACGUUUAAGACAAAUAGCUUAUAAUUUAUUCACCACUUUUAGUGACAAAUUAUUGUACAGAUUAUCUUUUUCCAUUUAAUAUUUGUACAGCCUAUAUCAUUGUAAAAGAACUUUGUGUUUUGCAUUUACAUGUACUAUAAUUGUUGUCAGUUCUUUCAACUCUUGGCUUUUUUAUGAGACAGAAGCAAUGGAUUAAAAACAUUUGUUGAUUUUUAUAAGGUUA